AGAACGACUCCCAUGAUGCAUUGCACUGCCAACGUAUGCAAACAGGAACAUGGCUACCGGUGUAUAACAUCAGCAGCCCGUCGUUAUAAUCCACUUGUAUUGGCCUGAGACAGUGUUAGACUUUAUAACCCUCGCUGGGCCUCCGCCACAGAAGAAAAGCCCUCCGUAGAGUUUCUCGGCGGAGCCAGCAGAGCCUCUGACAGCAGCGUCCUCGUUGUCCAUCAAUCACAGACAGUGUGGGUCAAGAUGGCGAGUCCAAGGACCAGACGAGUUCUGAAGGAAGUGAGAACUCAGGAUGAGAACAAUCUGUGUUUUGAGUGUGGGGCUUUUAAUCCUCAAUGGGUUAGUGUGACCUACGGGAUCUGGAUUUGCCUUGAGUGCUCUGGAAAGCACAGGGGCCUGGGAGUACAUCUCAGUUUUGUGCGCUCUGUCACCAUGGACAAGUGGAAAGAUAUUGAACUUGAGAAGAUGAAAGCGGGAGGAAAUGGGAAAUUCCGCCUGUUUCUUGAGCUCCAAGAUGAUUACGAUCCCACCUGGAAUUUACAGGAGAAAUACAACAGCAAAGCUGCUGCGCUCUUCAGGGACAAGGUGGCCACUUUAGCAGAGGGUAAGGAAUGGUCCAUUGAGACAUCACCUGCCAGAAACUGGACAUCCCCUCAACCCAAGACCAGCCUUUCAUCCUCUCAUCGCUCUGGAGGACCUGGACAAAACUCAGCUAAACCUAACGACAAAGCUUUUGAAGACUGGUUGAGUGACGACGUUAACUCGUAUCAGAGUGGUGGGGGUUACAGUGGGAAUCAGGAGAAUCGGUAUGUUGGCUUUGGCAACACGGUGACCCCAGAGAAGAAAGAGGAUGACUUCAUCAACAAUGCCAUGUCUUCUAUUUAUUCAGGUUGGAGCAGUUUUACUGUUGGAGCCAGCAAGUUUGCUAGUAUCGCUAAAGAUAAUACAUCUAAACUGGCAAACCAAGCAACCUUAAAGGCCACAGAGUUAGGACAGACAUUAAAUGAGAAUGUUAUCAAACCUACCCAAGAAAAGGUGAAAGAUGGCAAAUUGCUAGAUGAAAUGGCAGUAGGCAUGACUGAACUGGCAAGCAAGGUUCAGGGAGCUGGUGCAAAAUUGACUAACCUCUUCACUGGAAAACCAGAAGAUGGGUCUGCCGGAGAGAGCUACCAGAACAUGGAUGCCACUGAGGGAUAUCAGGGCAGUUCUGGCCAGCCUGUCUCAAAGGACUUUUGGGAAACCUUUGGCAGCAACAACUCCCUAAAGGCCAAGAAAUCUCCCAGCAGUGACAGCUGGACCAUCCCAGAUAAUUCUGCAAAGAAGAGCUCUGACAGUUGGGACAAUUGGGGCUCCGAAGCAGCGUCCAACAACAAACACAGCACAGAGGAGAGCUGGGAGGCCUGGGACAACAACUGGGAAAACGCAGAUGGAAAGACGAAGAAGAGUCCCACGAAACCUGCCGAGGAAACCUGGGAGAAUGCAAACUGGUAGUGACCUCACAACCAUACAUCUCCUCCUUUUCCCACUCUGGCCUUUUCCUUUCUGUUUCUCUCUGUUCAUCUCACUGGCACUUUCAGGGAAGAGCUGCGUCAGCUAACUUCCUGUCAACCCAUUCAAAAUAUAUUUAUUAUAAACCCAAAAAACAAUAAAUGAAGCCCAGUGUUAAACUGAGCUUAUUAUUAUUAACUGAAUAUUCUUAAAAUGUACAACUACAUUAAAUGGCAGUCAUUUAUUUUAUUGUAAAUUACCUUCAUUGAAAGCAACUAAGACAAACCAGUGUAGAUACGGUCAUAACUUGCCCAGAUAUAAUACUCGUAAUGGUGAAUAAGCCAGUGUUCUUACUGUAUCAUGGGUUUAAUGCUACUGGUUUUCAAUUCACCACAUAAAAAAAUGAUGCAUGAAAGAGAAAAUCUGACAUUGUAAAUAUAAAUCCUUGUAGAUACAGUAUGAUUGACUAAACACCAAUGACAUUAUUUUCUGUGUUAAAUUGAUUUCUUCUGCCCCUUGACCUUUUGCACAUUUCGUAUUAGUAAAAUUGAUUUUGAAAGGCCUUCUUGAUAGAACAGAGCUCUUUCCAUACUGUAGUCACAACGUGUUAUGUUAAAUUAAAGCAACAAAUAACCACUCUAACAAAUUGGCUAACAUUAAUCAAAGUCUGUAUUGAUAUGUACAUUUGAGGUUAAAUAAUCUAAUGUGUAAUGGGUUAGGGCUAAGUGAUCUUUUAUAGUAUUUGUUUUUGUCCUUUUUUUUUAAUAUAUUUUUUGUUUAGAAUGUGCAAAUAGUCAAGGGGUUUGAAAGCAGAGAGCUGCUGAUACAACACCAUGUUAACGAGAUUAGAAAAUGAUAAAACUGGAUGCUCAAUAAUUGACCCUCUGGUAAAAUGUUUAAGUGGCUUUGGGGAAAAUACAUGUAUUGUUUCGAAGUGGUGUCGUGCAGACAGACAAAACUUAGCUUUUUCUCAAAAUGGAUGUAUUUAAUUAAAAUCGAUGAGCUGUUGAAACAAAUUUUGAUUGGUUGAUACAAUAUUGUGUGUUUACUUUUUCCAUCUUCACUGUCUGCUGUUACCUCACAGCUGAAAUGAAUCUGUUUGGGUUGAAAAUCAAUCAGUAUGCCAGAAAUUACUUGCAAAAUGAAAUUCAGAAGCAUUCAAUUGUAAUUAAUUACAAUACCUGCUAUUAGUUAUUGAUCUGCUGGGGAAGAGGAAUGGGACUUAUUGGUAUGUUAUUCUAUGUAUUUGUGUUUUUUUUUUUUUUUUUUUCUGACGCUGAUGCAGGCUGAUACCAGUUAAAUUGAAAUUGCUUUAUCCAUAAUUUUUUAUAAUUUCUAUAUAUAUAUAUACAGUUUAUUAGAUAAUUUCAUACAGACGUCACUUAUUGCAGGGUGAUAUACUGUAUGUACUGUAUGUGAGCGUAGAGGUUGUGUUUCAGUAACUGGACACAGAUGGGGACUGUAGACUACAUAGUUACAGUGUUGCCUGUGAGUCUGACCUCAACUGAACCAACAGGUCAUUUUAUAUUUCAUCUCGUAUGAAGCAACUCUGUGUGAACGGCUCACAUCUGUGUUAUUGCACCCUGGUCAUUAUGUAUUGUGAGGAUUUGGUGUCACAGAUAUGUUCUCACUCGUAUUAACAUCUGAAUUGUGGAGUAAUAUUAAUGUGGCUCAUUAUACGCUGGAUGCUUAGAUGGUCAUAGCUCUCAAACACUUGUUAUGAAUUAACUGAAUCAACCUUGUGCAUCCCUCAGUCAGAUGAAAUGGCAGCUGCACUCACAUGUAUCAUGAAAAGCUCAUUGUUUUAACAAGUAGGAAUGUAGUCGGUGUGAAAUUGGGUAUUUUAAAAACCUAAUACUAACAUUACCUGGGCCAAUUUUGCAGCACCUACUCCCACUAUGUGGCCUUUAAUUCCCUAUAACAUUAGGUGUUGCAAUUUUAUCAUACUCUAAAUAAUUUCUUUGUACGUGUUAUAACCUAGAGAUGCUCAGUCUUCAUAAACGAUGCAGACCACACCGAUUAAACUCAAUUUAAAUUACACUUGAACCAUUUCCAACUCCAGGUUUGGGUUUGAUUUGUUUACUACAAGAAGAGAAAUGCAAUGACUAAUAUCAGAAAACAUCUUUCAGGCUGGUGUCUGUGAUCAUGAAAUGGCCAGUAGUCCAUUAUUAGCUGCCCACUGAGCAGUGUACCAGUGCAAUAUAGCUGCUGGAUUGUUUGUUUGUUAUCACAUUUUUGCUGUACCUAUAUUGACACUACUCAUUAGGCCUCAUGAUUUGUAAAAAAAAAACAGCUUUUAACAUGUGAAGGAUAAAUCCUGGCAACUUUAUUCCAUGUCCUACCUCUAAGAAGUCUUCAGUUUACUGCCAAGUUUUCCGUAGUGAACAUGCUUUUGUUUCCUUUCAGCAUUGUUUUGACAUAGACUUUAUUACAGCAGGCUUGGUUUGCUGUGGCUCAUUUUGUUAACGUGUGCUAAAGCAAAGCGACAAAGAUGGGUCUGCAGUGUUCUCAGUGACACUUGAAUGAGGUAAAACAAAAAGAUCACUCCAGGAAUAUUUGUGUCACUGAACCUCUGCAGUCAUGUGCUCUCAUGUACCUUAAUAGCUGUGAUCGCUUUCUGUUGAUGUCAGUGUGCCUAUUUGUGUCUGAUGCAGUGAGGUGCACAUGUCACUAAAUCACCAUCAAAGAUCAUGUCAAAUGAUAUAUUGUCACCCUCAGCCUUUCCUAUAUUUCUGAAGCUUCAUGUCAGUUAUUCUGUUUUUUUGUAUGAAUGGAAGAAGUGCUGCGUUAUCUCAGUCUAAAAAAAGGGAAAUAUAUGAACAGUCACCUGUCUAAACUUUGUAACAGCUUAAAGUUCUUAAACACCAUAACUUUUUUUUGUUGGUGAAUGUCCUGCUGGGGUUACUGGUACAUUUGAUUCAUGGAUAAACUGCAGAAUAUGUAUGAUUUUUUUUUAUAUAUAUAUAUAUAAAAACCUGAAUCUGAAUCUAAAUCUCAACUUUGAACUUUCCAGAGCAGCAGUUGAGCUCAGUGUCUGUGCCUGUCAAACAUUUGAGAUUGGGUAUGUCCUGUGUUUGUUGAUGAAACUAUUAUGUCAGAAAUAAUAUUUUUGAUGUCAUGCAUGAGAUGUAACGUGGAGCUAAAAAUAUUCAGCUGUUUAAUUUUUCAAAAGUUGUUUCCUCGGUGAGUUUAAGUGCAGUUGUCUGCUUGCCCCUUCAAGUUUCACCAGCAGCCAUCCCAUGAGGUGAGCCAGUGUUACCCACUCAGUUGAGGCUGUGGAUAUUUUUCCUGUACACAUGGUUUCUGUGCUCAAUAAAAAUGUACUGUGCCGUGAA